AUGUCUUCAGCCUACACUGUCAUCACACCAGCUCCCGAGCCCACUACCCCUAAAGGCCAUAUCAGCGAUCUCGACGGCGGGAUCCUCACGCACAUUUUCCUCAUAGCUAACUUCGGUACUCUCAUGAACUUCGCUCACGCGUCACCAUAUCUCACGGCUAGGAUGGGCAGAGCGGUUGAACUCGAGCUGUCUGUCAACUCUUGUGCCAUGAUGCUCCACGACGCGGAAUGUCACCGAGUAAUUACGUAUGUGCUACCGGAGUCCGAGAUUCCCAUGCACUGGGCUUUUGCCGUUUUCCGCCUUCUCUGGUUCUCAGAAAAUGAGUAA